AUCAUGAGCAGAAAUUGCGAUCGCCCGUAUCGAAGCUUUUCACAAUGCAAGAAACGUAUGACAACUUCAAGCAACCCAUGCUAGUGACGUGAAUGCUCAUGCAAGGAUAUUGUCAGAAUCUGAGAAUCCUAGGACAAACAGGCAAUAUAAAUACUGCCCUUGAAUCUCCCUUUUGUUUGCAUUAUAUUCUAUUCUACAUCAAAGUACGAUAGCAUUGGAUAUUUCAAGAAACUAUUGCAUCUCUUCAUCAAUCAAUCCAAAAUGAAGUUUGGUCUCUUGUCCAGCCUUCUCAUCGGCUUGCCGUUCGCCUCUCAGCUUGUCUCGGCCUGGAGUGACGGAACGGGCGGCAUUGCCUCGGGCUACUUUUCGAUCAAGGUCCCGCAAGUAGGCAAAGGUUCUUAUGAGCCAUACGAAUAUGUCCACGCUAUGGUCUACACCGAAGGAAACAGUGAUGGCUAUCUGUUCAAAUGUGUCUGUGCGGCAGACAACGAGAAUUGGUGCUACUUUACUGCACCAGACCUGCCAUAUGGCGUGAGCCUUCACCCGGGAGAUCGCUGCUUUUCAGAUGACGACAACGGUGUGCAAAUCAAGUAUGGUGCACAGUAUCUCGAUGCUCCCAAGGAUUCUCGCUGCAGCAAGAUCGACUAUGGUGGAUUUACAAACACUGCAGCACGUUGCAUCAUUCCUGUAGGUGGAUAGAGUAUUGAUGCAAUGAUCCAAUAGCACCAGCCGACUUUGUGCGUUGAACCAUGGGGAGCAGUGGGGAGGGGCAAAGCUUUUCUGCUUCUAGAGCAGGAGGUUCAUUUUGGGGAUUUCGGUCAAUUAUACAACCUUGGUCAAAACUGUAUUUAGAACUCAAAUGUGCCAAAGAAGACAACCAUCAUAUACACGCUUUUCAUAUACUAGCUUGCAAGUGGAGCUGAAUUAUUGAAUAGCUAGUAUAAUUUUGUUGACCAGCAUGGUUCAUGUGUUGGAAUUGCAAGUGAUAAGAGUUAUACUUGAUACACACGG